CAAAGCGCCGAUACGAUGCGUUUCGUUGCUCAGCUUCCUCUAUAUAAGCCGGCCCCCCUCAUCUCCGUCUUCCGUAAACCAACUUCAGUUUCUUACAUUCUACAAUUUGAAAAGGAAGAAAGGAAAGCUAUGGCUCCGAGAUCAAAACCCAGCCCGGUUAACCCGAUUUCCGACCCGACUUCCAAGGAGAUCCGUUACCGCGGCGUUCGAAAGCGCCCUUGGGGCCGUUACGCGGCGGAGAUCCGGGACCCAAGAAAAAAGACCCGAGUCUGGCUCGGCACCUUCGACACAGCCGAGGAAGCAGCGCGUGCAUACGAUGCGGCGGCACGCGAGUUCCGUGGCGCUAAAGCCAAGACUAAUUUCACGGACAACAACAACAACGACUUCAACCGCAGCCCCAGCCAGAGCAGCACCGUGGAGUCUUCUUCUCCGCCGCCGCUGGACCUUACUCUUGCCAGCGCGUGUUUUUCGCUUCCCGUGACGACGCAUCGUCCGGUGUCUUUCUUCGAUGCUUUUGCAUCUGCCGGUUCGGGCUGCCCGGACACCUGUGGAGCCCAGAGCGAUUCGGAUUCGUCAUCGUCGGUUGUUGAUUUUGAAGGAGGGGUGCAACGGAGAGUGUUUGAUCUUGAUCUUAAUCUGUUGCCAGCUGAGAUGGAUUGAUUUUACCUUUUUGUUGGAUGUCGUUGUGAGAUUUAAUUCUCUGCGUUUUGGCGUUCUUAUGCUUUCUCUUUUUGGGUUAAAAGCUGACAAGUAAUGUAUAUAACAAUGUAACUCCUGAAGAUCUAUUUUUGGCAACUUGAGAAAAUUUUCUCAAUGUUGUUUCUACUCUUAUUAUGAUUAAAUUGUAAUAACGAAAUUAAAUGUUUUUCUUAUCUGAUUUA